ACAAGAAGUCAGCCUGUAGGAGUGAGUUAUUUGCGUGUGUAAUGCCUGUGGAAGGUUCCUGGAUAUCAACCUACCAGCCUGUUAGCAGAAAUUUCGUAAUAUAAAGACUUCGCAAUAGACUACAUUUUCGGACACACCAGCACAUUGGUGGUCCCGUAUCUACUGCAGGCAGGGAGUUCACGGUGGGCAGACGACGACGGUUCAGCUCUCCUCUGUAUGAAGAGUCUUUCUUGUUUCUUCACAAAGAAACAAGAGGUCUCCACGUCACCAUGAACGUCAACUGUACCAACGAGACGGAGCACGUGGUGCAUCCUGGGAAGGCUGGUUCUGCGAUUUUUUUAUCCAGUUUCACGUCCCUGUCCAACGCGGCGGUGAUCGCCAUCAUCGGGCUGCGGAUCGGGAAGAACAACAACGUUCCGCUGAUUCUGGUGUUAGCGCUGGCCUGCACCGACAUCGGCACGGCGCUGUUCGACUUCAUCCCAGCCACCAUCACGUACUUUGUUGGGUUUUGUAAGAACGGCGGCCAGCCCAUGUGCUUCUUCCACGGCUUCGUGCACACCUUCCUGCUGACCACCUCACACUGCAUCGUUGUGCUCAUGGCGCUGGAGCGGUUCGUGGCGCUGUGCUACCCCUUCAAGUACACCAACAUCGUCACCAACAGGAACGUCUCACUGGUCCUGCUGGGCUGCUGCGUAUAUGCUGUUAUUUUCGCCGUACUGCCCCUGCUGGGGUUUAACCGGGUGGUGGCUCACUUCGGCGCCAUCUGCUUCUACGACUGGUACGACCGCAGCACCCUGGGCAGCGUCUACAUCUACUGGUAUUGCAUUCAAGGUUUCCUUCUGAUCGCGACCCUGGUGUUCUGUAACAUGGUGGUGGUGCGGGAGCUCCGCAAGAUGCAGCAGCGCAUGCCCAAUGCCGCGGGUGCCGCCAAGGACCCUGCCCUGACCAAGCACCGCGAGUUCACCGCCUACAUGGUGGUGGCUUCUAUCAUCUUCACUGUCUGCAUGACUCCGCUUACGAUCCGUACCCUUUGCAACCACCUUGGCCUCCUACAGAACCCAAACAUGGACUACUUGUCCAUGCGGAUGCACAUCACCAACAGUGUGAUCAACCCACACCUGUUCUGGAUGUUCCGCGCCUCCGCCAGACAGCGGAUCUGGGAGCUCAUCAAACGCAUCGCCUGCUGCUGCCGCCCCAGUGAAGUGGAGAACAUGCGGCUCUUCAACCUGUCCUCAUCGGCUGGUAGUGCCUCAGAGCCAAACAAGACUAACUCCGCCUCUGCUGGGACGGCCUCUGAGCACAACAAAACUACCUCCGCCCCUGCUGAUGACAACAAGGCCCAGGUCUACAAGCCAGAGUCUGAUGAUGGACCUCAGACAGCUUAAGGGCAAUCAAACUCCCCCAAAGGCUUGCUGAUAAACACUGUUUACGCCCGUUGUUGCUCCAUUUGUAUAUCAGAAUUAGCCACCUUCAAUAAUAGACCAAAGCCGCCGCUAACAUGUUUUUACUUCCCUAAAAGUUUGCCUAUAGAAUCUGUGUAGAACCUUUGUUUGAACUUUGUGCGGCCCAAUUACCUGACUUGUAUGAUGUCCGAUUUACAACCUUAAGUGAACAAAUUACCUGAAAUAUAGUAAAUUUGGAAUGGAUUUCCACUGGAAUGUUGGAAGCACAUCUACAUAAUCCUUCAAAAUGCAGUGCUGACAGCGGGUUGGCCUCUGACCUCCAAACCUUAUGACCUGUCAUUUAUGGAUCAUGACUUUGGUGAUUG